ACAGCGAGGCCUUCGCAUUAUUUGUUUGGCACAGUUUUUUUUAACGCCGGAUUGCCCACCCAUUUUUAUGCCGGAUCGGGACGGUACUGAACGGGAAUCGAACACGCAUCAUCUGCGUGAAAGAUGAGACGGAUAUGCGUCUCAUCUUUCACGCAGAAAGGAUUCACUGCAAUGUAUUACACAGGAAAUUGGUACAGUGUGAUCAAUGUGUGGUUUGCACAUCUGCCUCAGUUCUAGAUUCUGAGUUCAAAUCCCAGCGUGUUCUCAUUAACUCCCUGUGAAACAGUGCCGCAACACUUUUGUCCUUACAGUGUCUUAUUUUACAUAGUUGUUUGGGCUUGGUGAGUUUCGUCUGUGUGCGUGUGUGUGUUCACAGUAAAGAGGAUGCGGGGAAAAUCGCAGAAACGAAAGUUAAGCAAGGAGGAAGUGAAAUUGUGCCUGUGUCGCCCCCCCAUACGCACGCACGCCCACUCACACACUCGUGGUGAACACAACCCCAGAGAAGGCAGACGUUCCACAGAGGCAGCGAGGGAGCAUCAAGAUGAAGAUGGGGAAGGUGAAAAGAAGUGCUUCGUCGUCCACCCUGAUGGUGGUGGUGGUGGUGGUGAUGAUGAUGAUGAUGGGCGUCAUGGAAACGUCCGGACAAGAACUCGGGGAUAUGUGGACCACAGCUGCACCGCCCGAUUUAAACGAGAGGAUGAUCACCUUGUUUUCUAAUGGUAGAGGAGUAGCAGGAGGAGUGUCCUUCUACCCGCCUUACUUCUCUUUCCGCCGGAACAACGCUUGGAACUACCUGACCAGGCCCUACCCGACCAGGGACUACCCGACCAGGCCCUACCCGACCAGGGACUACCCGACCAGGCCCUACCCGACCAGGGACUACCCGACCAGGCCCUACCCGACCAGGGACUACCCGACCAGGCCCUACCCGACCAGGGACUACCCGACCAGGCCCUACCCGACCAGGGACUACCCGACCAGGAACUACCCGAGCUGGUCCUACCCACGCAGUUAUACGGCCUCGUCCAACCCCGGCUGGACUACAGAGGCCCCGACUACAGGUGUGACGGUGUGUCUGCGCUACCUGUUCGACGUUGAGACGUCGUCGCCCCGCAUCUUCACCGUCAGCCCGUCCAGCCCGGCCGCCUUUACGCUGUCCUCGGACUACGACGGCAGCUACCGGCUGACCUGGAGCUCGUCCUACUGGAGCUUGAGGCUGAAGGCCAACGUGAGGAUGUGGCCCGGCAUCAGGGACGACCUGUGGACCAGACUCUGCCUCACCGUGGACACCGUGCCUGGGAUCGUUCAGGUCUUCAGCGGAGCCUACAUGAGCGUCAGGAAGAUGGCGCCCAACAAGUACGUUUGGUCAGGUGAGCCCGUGAUCGACAUGACGGGUGUGGACGGUCAGGUGACGGACCUGCAGAUGUGGGAUUACCCGCUUUCGUACAACACCAUCCUCAACUACAUGAGCCGGCCCGGCUACGGCUGGCCCACAGGCUCGGUUCUGACGUGGUCCAACAUCAGGUACUCGCUGAGAGGGCGCGCCCUGGUGGAGGACGCCUACCAGCACAGGCAGGCGGCUAAAAGCCACAAAAACAGGAAGAGAAGUUGGAAGAAGAAAAAGGUGGCGAAAGUACAGGGAAAACAAUCAUUUGAAUGAUUAUUCGCCCUGAUUUCGACCCCUCGAUGGCAAUUCAAGCCUUGGCAGCGUUCUGGUGUUGCUUCAAUGUGUCAACAUCUAAAAAACUAACACCCGAUUGAUUUUUUUCCCCUCAUCUUUUUACAAUGCUAUAUCAUCUUUUAUACACUUUUGUUAUCACCAAAUGGUAGAGAAUAAACACAUGGCAUAAGAAA